AUGCCUGUUUGUCACCGUGAAACUCCAUUUCCCAUAAUGCACCCGUGAGCGGAAGCCGGAUUCAAGCUAACAGUUGGGCGCGCUAUAGAGACGUCUUGUGUUUGUAUUUCACCACCACACACUCCUUUUAAAUGUUUUACUUUACCAGCCUAUCAUUUAACAUGCAUACCAAAGUCCUGCUCGCCUUGUUGGCCAUUUUCGCACUUUAUAUCCCCAACGUGGUGGCAUGAAUAGCCAAAGGCUGAGGUCCGUCAAAGUCGGGGACUACAAGAAGAAAGUCCCAAGCGAUGUGUCGCCCUCCACAAGCCUUCCUCCUCUGGUGGAAGGUCAGCUCAGUUGCUUCCUGCGGGUGACGGUCAGUCAGCUGCUCUGGACGACCCUGAACCCUCCACUGGCGACGUUUGUCAGGCUGCGCUGGUGGGGAGAGUCAUCCAACGGCACCUCCUUCAACCCACGAGAUGCUUCACUCUCCUUGCAAAAAAACAUCAGGACCACCGCGCGCUUCCCGGUCCACCUUAGCACCAAACAGUUUGUCUCAUAUCUGGCAGAUGUGGGGUCAUUGACGCUGGAAGUUUUGAACAAACAGGAUCAUUUGCUGAUUGCUCAAGCUCAAGUGACAGAAAUCGCCCGUCUCUGUCAGUCGUACACCAUCAGUGGCUUUUACAGCCUCUUUUCGCCAACUUCUCAGAAACUUGGGGAGUUAGAAGUGUCCCUGAGUUUGGAGCCCCUGGUUGAGGUCCAUGAGAGCAUCAGCUCAGCGCCAACUGCAGAUUUCAGCACUGAAGCACUUCAGGUCUCCUCGCUGGCCACUACGUCUGUGGAGCCUGCAGAUCCUAAAGCGAGCAGUGAAAAAAAAUCUGAGCUCUGCAGCAAAGGAAACACAGCAAGAAGGAAAGAGCACAUGUUUUCCCAAACCACCCAGGUGGAUAAAGAUGAGCUAGUAGAGAAUGUGAAGCUGGUAGAGAAGCGUGGAAUGGCUGUGAUUCCUUCCAGUCCGAAACCCUGUGCCCAACCGAGCAAUGACAUCCUCUCAGUUAUUCUAGAACGUGGGAGCAAACUUAGGGACGCUAUGGUGGUUUCAGCAUUGAAAUUUGACAUUGGUCCUGCACCGGUUCUGACUGACCUCCAACUCCCACUGCAGAGGGACAACGCCCAACCACCCUCCAUGCCCUCUCCAUCUACAAUGUUCCUGGAAAAUAUCCUGCCUGGCAAGUCAGCUCUCAAGCACGUAGAUGAAGUUGUCACAGGAGAUUUCCGUCCUGGUGAGAUGGAUCACAUAGCUGUGGAUCUCCUCCUCGGCAGGUUGAAGACACCUCCUCCACCACUCUGUGAGGUUGAAGCCCUUUACCCUGAAUCUCUGUCCACUCAUAGCAGUGUUUGCGGAGACAGCGAGCUCAGCGACCCACAGUAUGAUCAGAGCUUGCUGGAGCAUUUGUUUUAUAAAACACCUAUGUCAGAUUCAAGACUAGAUGACACAGAGGUGGACGUUCAAAAGCAGAAAAACAGUUCAACCAGGACCAAGAAUCAGUUAAGACAGUCAGAGUGUAGGAUGAGCGACAAUCCAGUUGAAGAGCUCCAUCCCUCUCUGGGUGAAGUUGAUGUUCUUUUAAGUCCGGAGCAGAUUAUGUUUCUGAGCUUGAUACGACAGGCCAAUGUGAGCAUCGACUCCAUGAGCGUCCCAACAGAAAGCACAACGCUCCCUGCAAGAAAGUCCGUGAACAAAGGGAAAGCUCCUUUACUGCAACGUAACAAAAAGUGCACAUAUUUUGUCGAGUAUACGUUACCAAAGACUUCCUUAUCCAGUCGACGUGGUCGAAAUAUUGCAGGAAAGGGGGAGUCGACCAGAGUUGUUUCCAGUAAAGUCACAGAAGGAGUGGUGACGUUCCAGCAGUGUUCCGUGUUUCCUGUGCGCUUCAGUAAAACGGCCAUUGAAGAAUGGUGGGCAAUGGAUCUCCUUUUCAAAAUUUACUCCAGAAGAAUUGACCAAAAAAAGGCGGUUCUUGUCGGACAAGCCACAUAUCCACUGCGCCGUCUACUGCAGAGCAAGCAGCUCAGCCAAUCUCUUGCUCUACCAGUGCAUGGUAUGGAGGACAACAGCCAAACAAAGGAACUAGGACUUCUCAGGGUGCUGCUAGAACUUUCUGCCAACAGCAGAGAAUCUCCUGAAACAUUGCCACACAUUGUUUACAGUCCUCAAAGAGAGUCCUCGUGUGUCAGCAUUUGCACAGAGGACUUAUCUGUCCAGUCUUUAGAAGAUUUCACAGGUAAUGUCCCCAGCCAGCAGAAAGGCUUCAAAGUAGCCUCUCCACAUCUUAACCCCCACACAGCCUCUCCUCGUAGAUCUCAGCAGCAGAUGGAGGAAGACCCAGAGGUUUUGUUGCAUAUGCUGCUCAUGGUUCCAGACGGGAAGAACUUCAACUGUGGGCCUAUGCAGGCUGUUAACGUCUACUUCAACUGUAAGCUCUUCUGGUGCGAUGAGAUGGCGAGGUCUGUGGUCAGCUGGGGACAUGUAAACCCAUCCUUUAACUUUGCUCAGGUAACUCCUGUGGCUUUGACUACAAAGCUACUGGAGAGGAUGAAGGACAAUGUGAUGGUAAUUGAAGUGUGGCAGAAAACCGGAAGCUCUAGUGAGGAGAAACUACUUGGUCUUGUCAAACUACCUCUCCACCAGUUCUACAUGUCAUUUAGGGACUCCAAGAUUGCCCACCUUCUUCUACGGGCACAGUACCCUGUUUUAGGGGUGGACUGCUACCUGCCAGUCAUGGAUGUGUUCUCCAGCACUUGUAAUGGACACCUCAGGGUCACUCUGGCUAUGGGCCGCUUCGAGCAGGUACUCGCUCUGCAGCGCACCAGAGAAGACGAAAUCCAGUCACUGGGCUGCCCCGUGAGACCGGUGCAUCUGCUUGAUCACCAGCCUCAUCCACCAGGAAAGGUGACUCCAGCGCAAGCACGAGCAAUGAAAGAGCAUGUGUUUAUGAUUAAGGUAGAGAAGGUCUCUGGGCUGACACCGCUCCAAUCAACGGUGUGGGGUGAGGCUGACUGUUACGUCCAGUACAGUUUCCCUUGUCAGGAAGGUGCAGAAAUCGACGCAGCCCUGGAUGAGCAUUACACCAACCUGAGGCCUUUUCGUACCACUACCACUCUCUGUGUUCCUGACCCAGCAUUUGGCCAUACAGAGACACACGUGCUUUUGGCUCCUGAGGGGGUCCCAGUCCAGAAGCUGCUGCUCAGCUCUCUUUCAAUCCAAGGCCUGAGCAGCGGAGGGGGUGUCCAUUUUGAAGUGUGGUGCAGAUACUAUUACCCGAAUGUCAGAGACCAGCUAGUGGCCAAGGGAAUUCUCCCCCUCUCCAAGUUGUGUGCCAUAGUCACAAUGCAGGGACAGCUUGGUGAUAAGGCCCAGAUGUUUUCUUUGCCUCUGCUACCGAGGGCAGACAACACCUUGAUGCACCAGCCUCAGCCGUCUGGCCUGCUAGAUGUGUGCAUCCGGUACAAGUGCCGUCCCGUGAAAGCUGAUGUGCAGACUGGCAGAGGAGCUGCCUCUAAUGUGGUGACACUGGUGGUUCAAGUGCACAGAGGUUCUGGUUUGCAGGCAGCAGCCAGAGUUAUAUCCCAACACGACGAGAGGUACAGUUACUUUGCUGUCGUUGGAGUGAACUCCUACGUCACCGUCCAGUUGUCCUUCUUGCCCGAGGAAGAGCAAAGGUGCACCCGUUUGACUGCCAGGACCUUCUGCCCAGAGUAUAACUACCACACAGAGGUUUGCUGCGACAUGCUCGUUCACAAGAGCGGCGGGGAGACCUUCAGUCUGGCCGAGCAGCUGGCAGAAGCUUUUGCCAUCUUCACUGUUUGGAAUAGAGACAACCGCAAAGGCAAUACUUUCAACCCUCCAAAUGUGAUUUUGGGCACAGUGAAAAUUCCGCUGCUUGAUCUCCUCCGGAAAACAACAGGUAUUUCAGGCUGGUUUGGGGUCUACACGCCCCUGGAAUCCACACAAACUCAGCACACGCUGAUUGGCGGCCUUGAGAUCUCAGUCGCCUUUUCCCACCACUCCGAGCGGGAACGGGUCAUUAGGGCUGCUGUGGCUUUGGGCUGGGAGCUGCCUCAGAUCCAGAAUGACAAUGAAUGGCUUAACGAACAGGGAGACUGGGAACACCACACAAGGAAAAUAUCCUUGACCUUUUCCAUGCCCAGGGUUUGGAUCCCUGUCCACUGCUUGCUCCUGCCGGGACAUGAGGAGCUACAGCGAUCCACAUACUGCUACUUUCGCUACAAAUUCUACGAGCAGGAGGCCGUCUGCUCGCAGAUGAAACACCCGUGUGUGACUGAGGGCAGCGAGGCCACCGUGACCUUCCAAGGAAGUCGCACUGUUGAGCUGAUGAGCUCCCAGCCUUUGUUGUGGUACCUUCAAGAGGAGCGGCUGGAGGUUCAGGUAUGGGUUGCUUUCCAGAAGGACAAAAGCCAGCGGCCCCGUGACACUGACCGCCUGGUGGGUUCUGCUUUUAUUGGUCUGUCCUCCCUUGCAAAGACCCACCAGCAGAAGUUGGCUCUCAGCGGAGUGUAUCCACUGUUCAGACGCUCGGCGAUGGACCUGCAGGGUGCCGCUCUGAGGGUGCACAUCAGCCUGACGGUAGGCCGUGCGCCGACUGUAGAAGACAACCAGGCGGACUCUGACAGCCAGGAAGAGAUCUUAUUACAGGCGACAGAGCCGCCACAUCGUACGCCCCCACCUUCCCCUCCAAAAAUAUCCGAUUUGGAAAGCCCGAUCAACUCGAGUGAAACAACUGCACAUGUCGCUAUACCUCAGCCGUCCAAAAUUAGUGAGGAAGAUUCCUUCCUGGUGGAAAUUGCAGUGGACAGGGCCAUGCACAUUAAUCUGAAAGAUUGUCCGAAAUCUGGGAGCAGUGAAGGAGCGUCAUGUCUCUGUGUCUCAUACAUCACUGCUGACUCUGCAGAACCAGUGUCCACAGCUGUGGUGGCCAACACAAACUGCGCCACCUGGAACCAUCAGCAUAAAUGCCGGCUUUCCAAGCAGCUGCUAAUUGAUCCAGAGCAAAGCCUGGUGUUCAAAGUUUGGCAUAAAGACAGCAGAGGAGAAGUGGAACAGGUGAUUGGGUUUGCCUCUGUACACCUGUCCCCUUUGCAGUCUGGGUUCCAGUCAGUAUGCGGCUGGUACAAUGUCAUGGAUUUCAAUGGUCAGUGUAAUGGUCAGCUCAAAGUCUCCAUCACACCACUCAAGCGGGUCCAAAACUUGCGUGGGCAGAGAAAAGCUUCCAGUGACAAAGAUGGCCAAAACUCAAGUGAUUUAUCCCAGGCUGCACCAUGCAGCUACCAGACAAGUGCCACGUACAACAUCUUUCCUUCUCACAUCAGCCGAUACCCUGAGCAGCACAUCUCAUCGCCUGACCACAUGGGCAGACUAUUUCUCAAAACUGAGAGCGACCGUCACCAAGAGCACAUGCAGAAAGUGCGUCUUCAUCAUCAGAGUCUUCAGGAACAAACUGAGACUCAUUUGGUCUGUAGCAACAGCAACAGCAGCGACAUCAACCUUCCCCGCUCUGUGGUCUUUUCAACACUCAGGAAGAAUCUGAGCGAGCUGGACAAAAUCAACCAAUAUUUCUACAGUAAGAUGGGUAAACGUGAUUUUUCGCCCACAAGGGAACGGGACUGUCUUCACGAGAAAGACACCCGUAAGGAAAAUGAGCUACAUCUUCCAUCCCAACAAGUCCACAACGGUCAAUGCCGACAACCAACUUCCACCGUCCUCCACAGCAACUCAACAUCUUCUCCCACCAAAGACAAGACCUCAGGCAUUGUUCUGGAGAUCAUCUCCAGUCCAUGCGACCCUUGCAUGUUUUCCCAGGAAUCCACAUCUUGUCCAACAACGUCUGCAGGCCUUGUCGCACAGAACAUGCCCGAGGUAGAAACAGAAGACACGGGCAGUGAAGCAUGUAGAUCACCAUGCAGUAGUGAGGAUGACGAGGAAGAUUACGAGGAAUUUGUCAUGGAGCCGAGGCAUUUGAACGAGUUGACAACUUUGACGGAUAAGACCAGUCCUUGGAAUAGCAUCGUGUCAGACUCUGUUUCAAUUGCCUCCGAGUGCCCAGAGGCUGAACUGAGUCAGGAUAACGAAGAUAAAAGUCAAAAUGAAAGACCGGAAUCCAACAGGAAAGACGCAGGAGAGGCGAGCCAAAGCCACGCCAGUGACAGUUUUGACGAUUUAGCAGAAGAGACAUCAGACACAGACAGCGACCAGGAUGUAACGUUGCAAACUGUCAAUGCCAACAUGGAGGGUGAUGCUGGGUCAUUGCCCAAUGAGGCUGUGCAGGCCGACAACCCCAGACUCCAAGUCUCGGUCCCCAACUUUUUCCUGCCCCCGCAGCAGCUGGAAGCCUCUCUAAGGGGCAUUCGCUUAGCGCCCUCGUUCGCUAAUUCGUCCAGCGACACGGAACAGUGCGCUCUACCUCACAGGGGGCCUCGGCGGCAUCCAAACAUGCCACCUACAUCCACCCAGAGAUUCCGUAGAAUAUUUGCUCCUACCUUUGAAUUCGACGAUGAUUAGUACAACAGUGUGUGAUUAUUUAACAUGAA